GUCGGGAGAAGGCGGCGGACCGGAGCCGGACCUACUCCAGCGGGGAAACAGCCAACUCCCAGGAGCUAGCCCGCUACAAAUACGCCUGCUUACUCGGGGUCGACCUACUUAACUAGAAAGGGCAGCUAGAGACCCCGAACGGGACGCGCUGGGAUUGGUUGCCUCUGGUAUUGUUUCAAAGGACACUCUUCUGUGAUUGGCUAGCAGAGUCAAGCGGGAACCCGAGGUGGGAGGUGGGAGAGGGCUUUAACAAAGUUGUUACCCAGGCAACAGAGCGACGCACAGCGAGCGGCAGUCUAUUUUCGGAGCCUAGGCUGUGGCCGGAGCAUUGACCAAGAAUAUGGAAUCAGAAAAUGCAGCAGCUGAAAAUAUGGAAACAGGAAAUUUGGAAGCAAAAAGCAUGGAAGCUAAAAAUAUGAAAUUUGAGACAUUGUCUUCUGUCUCGGCCCUGCAAGCACUGUCCAGUCUACUGUAUCCUGAGGAAGAGGAUGAUUUGGAUGCUGAACAGGCACAACUCACACCUGCUAUUGGAGCCAUGGGUCCUGGGAAUAUUGGACCGCCUAAAGCCAAAGAGCCCAAAGCCAUCCCUAAAUCUAGUGGUAAUGAAAGUGAGAACAUCUGGAAUCCAGAAGAGGUUCCAGAAGGAGCAGAACAUGAUGAUAUAUGGGAUAUUCGAGAAAUCCCAGAUUAUGAGAUUGUAUUCCAACAAACAGUGGGAACUGAGGACAUAUACCUUGGAUUAACAGGAAAGGAUCCCUCAACAGCAUGCUGUCAGGAGUUGGUGGUGAAAAUUAAAUUGCCUGAUACAAACCCUUCUGAAAUUCAAAUUGACAUCCAAGAAACUCUCCUUGAUCUCCGCACUCCUAAAAAGAAGCUGAUAGUAAACUUUCCCCAUCCCGUGGAAAGUAACAGUGCGAGAGCAUCCUAUAUCCAGGAAGCCGAAACACUUGAAGUCAGGCUGAGGACCCUGCAAAAGGAGUUUGAUUUCAAUCUUUCCUGAAACUGCAUGAAUAAAGAGAAGAUACGGGAAAACUA